AUGACUACCGCUGCCAGGCCCACAUUUGAUCCAGCCCGUGGAAAGGGAAGCCAAGCUCCCACUCGCAUCUACAGCUCCCGCGAUCUCGCCUCCCACACAAAGCUCAAGUUCAGACAGACGGGUCAGACAACUCAGGAUGAACUCAACCGUGUGGAUUUGAAGGCUCAGCUGAAGAAGGCAGAACAGGAUCAUUAUGAAAAAGUCAACAAGGUCGCGAAGUUGGGCGCCGGACUUUCCAAUUCCUUCAAGGACGUCAAUGAUGACGAUCAAGAGCAGGAAGCAGCAGCAGAGUCUUCUACAGAGACCCCUCUUGAGAGGAAACAGAGGCUGUUGCAGGAGGCCGAGCGGUUAGACAAGGAUGAUAGCGACGACAGCGAUGCAAACAAGGGUAGCGACGACAGUGAUAGUGAUGACAGUGACAGUAGCGAUGAUGAAGAUGACACUGCAGAGCUGUUGCGUGAGCUGGAAAAGAUCAAGCGGGAACGUGCAGAGGAGAAGGAGCGCCAGGAGAGGAUUCAGCGCGAAGAAGAAGAAAAGGCACGGGAGGCACAGGUUGCUGCAGGAAACCCCCUGUUGGAAAUGCCUGAGGCAUCUGCGGCAUCAUCAGGACCCAAAGACUUUUCGGUCAAGAGGCGAUGGGACGAGGAUGUGAUCUUCAAGAACCAGGCCCGUGGCAUGGACGAUAAGCCCAAGAAGCGGUUCAUCAACGAUACUCUUCGCUCGGACUUUCACCGCAAGUUCAUGAACAAAUAUGUACAGUAA